CAUGCCAAAUCUUUUCAGUCUCCUGAGGGGGAAAAGGUUUUGUUGUGCCCUCUUCACGACUGUCUUGGUAUGUUUGGUAUGCAUGGCCCGUAGCAUGUGAUGGCAUUACAAGCCUACAGUGUGGCUACCAAGAGCCUCCUCCAGCAGCUAUGAGUUUCCCUCAGUCCCGGCGCUCACUCCACCUGUCAGGAGGCUACUCCUCCACCAGUGGUCCAGCUAAGAGACAUACCUAUCUGUCAGCUUCUAGACACUCCCAGUGUGGAGUACCAGCCCACUGACGGUGCCAGGGUAUGUCUACCCGUCACUGCCAUUGAUUCUCAGUUUUCCCUCAGCAUGGGUAUCCAGCCUGUUCCUAACCAGGUGUUUCAGUCUGCUGCCACAAAGGACCUAUCAGUCAACAGUAGCCUGCAGCCAGCUGCUGUUCCAGAGUUGCCACCCGCUCCUGCUACAGAGCCGAAGUUAAUCAACGAGGUGGACUCUUCAGCUGCUCCGGCUACAGAGAAUCAGCCAGUAGUAGCCACCGUGGUGCUCCAGGCAAACAUGGUGCUACAGCCCUCUCCAGCCACAGGUGCUCUGCCUACCCCUUUCCUGGAGCCCAGACCAGCUACCACAGAUGGGGCCCAGUCUGCCCCUUCCCCAGGGUUACUGCUGAUCCCUACAAAGCUAACCCAUUCUUCCCUCAAGUUCCUGUAUGCCACUGAAUAUGGGGCCGAGCCUACCUUGUGCACCAGUCUUCUGUCUGUUCCUGCUAUAGGAGCUCAGCCUACCCCUGUCAAGUCAGACUCCCUGUCUGCCAGGCAUGAGAAGCAGCCUUCUCCACCUACAAGAGCCCAGUCUGCUUCCGUCAUCGUAGACCCGCUGCCUCCUACCCGGGCAGCCCAGCUGGACCUGAAGGUACAACCUGGCCCAGUCUUCAGGUCACCAGCUCCUGUAACAGAGAGCCAUCGUGUUGCAGCCACUAGCCCACAGACCGUCGUUGAUGCAGCUCAUCAGCCAGCAUCUCCCUGGUUGCCACCAGCUGCAGCCCAGGGAUCCUCAGCCGCUGUCACAGUAUCUCUGCCAUCACCUGCAGCCCAUGGAUCCUCAGCCCGUCCCAGUAUCUCUGCCACCAGCUGCAGCCCAGGGAUCUUCAGACCCUGUCCCAGUAUCUCUGCCACCAGCUGCAGCCCAGGGGCCACCACUUGGCUUUACACUAGGAGUCAUCCCUGUUCCAUUUAGGGGGGCCAACGACAAGCCCCCACCUGCUCCUGAUGAGGAGCCAAGUUCAUCUCCAGCCACGGGUCCUCCACUUAGCCCUGGGUUCCAGACACCGGCUGCCCAUGCAUUGCGGUUCCCAGCACAGAGACCAGCCCAGCUCCUUUGGGGAGCCCCCACCUGGUCUUGAGUGGGAGCCCACCAUGGCUUCCUCCACGGGGGCCGCUUCAUCCUCCGCCCUGAGGUCCCAUCCUCGCCAGCAAGGUCCUCUUUGACUCUGUGGGGUAGCCUCCGCUUGGUCCUCAUCGGAGACCUUCAGCGACGCCUCCUGAGGCCAGAGCUCGACCCUGACUUCUGGGCCCUUCAGUCCUCUGCCCUACAACCUCUGCUAGUCCCUGCCUGUGAGGUCCACCCUGGCUCCGUCGGGGAGCCCCAACCUGCCAGUUGUGAAGAACCCUCUGCAGUUCUAGCCCAGGGUCUACAGUCACACCCUGCCUGGGGAGCUAUGCUGUCUUCUCUGGAGAACACGUCUGUUCCAGCUGUGAGACCUCAGCUCAGCCCGAUUAUCAGCUCAGAUCUGGCUGCUGACCCUUUUGGCUAAAUGCUAAUCACGGAUGUUGUGUAUCACAUUCGGACAAUCAGGUUGAAACUGAAUGCAACACACAGCAUCUGGUAUUAGCCAAUAGCAUGGUGUUGGUAAUGUUUUUUUUUAAUAAGGAAGGUAUGCACAUUUCCCCCGUUCCCCCGCCUUUUCGCCAUUAAAUAAAGUUAAGGAGGAAAUCGAAGCCUAUGCAGCCUGAACGGAUGGUGCAUUUGGACGAAAGAGCCGUUUGAUAAACCAACUCACCUAAUUAAAAAUGGCAAACCGUGGAGUCAUCUGAUUGACAUUGCUACUCUGGUCAUUAUCAGAAGGAAUGUCCUGUACCAUUACCGGCAGAAAUUCCUCACAAUACCUCUACCAAAAGGAGAUAGUCCUGGAAGCACUAUUGUGGAUUCUACUCCAUUUAAUAAUACCAACAUACUCAGUGGAAAUCCCACUCAACGUCCAGUAAACUAACCCCUACACAAGAUCAUUACUAUUACUGUAUUCAAGUCUACAGAAACAUCUUUAAAUAAAAUCCCUAUUUUGACAGCA